AGAGGACUUUGAAAACGCACCAGUAUCUUUUUCUCCCACAAGCUGGGUGCUAAGUCUUACUGAUUAGGUAGAGUCCAUCCAGCCUAAAGUUUGUUUAUUCCCUCAAAUCUUGCUCUCCUCCAAGAUGGUUGCUGUUUGGAUCUUUGCUAGUUUCUGGAAAAUUGGUCUGUUAAUGACAUUGAUGAUGUUUUGUCUACCAGUCUCUUGGGCCAGGGACAUCCCAGAGGAUUUCGUGUACCGGUACAGGUCUCUGUGUUACUUCACCAACGGCUCCGAGCAAGUGCGGCUCGUGAAUAGACACUUCUACAAUGACCAGGAGAUUGUCCGCUAUGACAGUAAGCUGGGGAAACACGUGGCUGUGACAGAGUUGGGGCGGCCAGACGCCGAGUAUUGGAACAGCCGGAAAGACAUCCUGGAGCAAAAACGAGCCGCAGUGGACACGGUGUGCAGACACAACUACGAGUUAGACAAGCCCUUCACUUUGGAAAGAAGAGCCCAGCCCCACGUGACCGUCUCGCCCUCCAAGCAAGAGGCCCAGCAGCACCUGCUUGUCUGCUCUGUGACUGGCUUCUAUCCAAGCAAGAUCAAGGUCACAUGGUUGAAGAACGGGCAGGAGCAGACAGCUGGGGUUAUCUCCACGGGGCUGAUCCAGCAUGGAGACUGGACCUAUCAGACCCUGGUCAUGUUGGAGACGAUUCCCCAGAACAGAGACAUCUACACCUGCAGUGUGGAGCAUGCCAGCCUCCAGAGCCCCAUCACUAUGGAAUGGAGGGCCCAGUCUGGAUCUGCCCAGAGCAAACUUGUGAGUGGAGUUGGAGGCUUUGUCCUGGGGCUGAUCUUCCUCAGUGUUGGACUGAUCAUCUAUCUGAAGAGCCAGAAAGGACGUGCUGGGCCUCAGCCUGCAGGUCUGCUGAGGUGAACAUUGGAUUUCUGUCCUUCAAAGUGAGAACCUCCUUUCUCUGCUCUCCUGCCCAGGGUCCCCAUAACCCAGGACAGGGCUGAAGCUCAGUGAUUGCCUUGGAGCCAGUUUUCUCUUGGACCUGGAUGCAGUUUGCCAUCCUCCUUCUUUCCAAAGACCCUGGGACUUCCACCUUCUGUUCUGGAUGUUUUCUCUGUUCUUGGUACAGAGCCUGAGGGCAAAGGAAGUCUGCUUCUGCCCUUCCCAUGUAGACUCCCUGUUACACUGCUAACUUUACUGCAUUAAGAAUGUGGUUUUUUUUCUCUGUAGUUUUCCUUAAUAAAAAUGUCAUCCAUA